AUGCCAGUCAAACCUGUUGGGUGGAUAUGUGGGCAGGUGUUGAAGAACUUUUCUGGAAGAAUCGAGGGAAUCCAGAAAGUAAUCAUGGGCCUUAUAGAUGAGUUUAAAGAUGAAUUCCCUACCAUCCUAAGAUUAUCACAGUCUAAUCAGAAAAGAGAACCCGUGCAAAAAACAUCCAAAAUCAGAAUGGCUGUAGCUUUAGCCAAGAUCAACCGAGGAACAUUAAUUCAAGGAUUGAACAGCAUAUCCAGAUCCUCCAAAUCAGUUGCCAAACUUCUGCAGCCUCAGCUUGCUUGCAGACUUUUAGAGUUAAGGGACAUAUCUCAUCGUCUGCUCAAGGAAGUUAAUACACCAAAGCAACCCCUAUAUAACCUGCAGGUCAGAAAGGGAUCUUUCUUUGAAAUCAUUUCUUUCCCAGCAAAGACUGCUUUAACUAGCAUAAUGUAUGCUUCAUAUGCAGCACUCAUUUAUUUGGUAAUCUGUGUUAAUGCUGUGCUGGAGAAGGUAAUGAAAAUUUUCCAAGAAGAAGAAUCCAUAAGGCAAAACAGAGAGGAGAGUGAAAAUCUUAGAAAAGCCUUAAAAGCCUUUUCUGAGCCUGUGCUUUCUGAGCCUCUGUUUCCUGAAGGUGACGUCAAAGCAAAACCUUACAGGUCAUUACAGGAGAAGCUGGAGAAUAUUUCAGAUCGCCCCAAACUUCCUGCUAAUAAGUUGAGUAAUAAGAUCCAGGUUUUACAUUCUGUGUUUGACCAGUCAACUGAAAUGAAUGAAUGAGCAAAUCUGAACUUAAAUAUCACUGAACAGAGCUUAAGAGUUAUCUAAUGACAUUUCAUCUGACAAAAUUAGGAAACUAGUUUUCAUAUUCUGACUGCUCUGCUUUGAAAAAAAAAAACAGUCAGGGGACUACUGCUAAAACGUCAUUCUCAAGUAUUUAUGUGGUAGAGAAAAUAAAAUGAAUCGAUGUAGUAUAUAUGACUAUGGAUAUUUUUUGAUGAACCAGAAAAUGUACCAUUUGGUGUGUUAGACUCUAUGCUAUGGUUUAUAAUAUGGGCACGUUUAUAAUACAUUUAUGUUUUUAUUAAAGACUCAUUUAGAGUAUCUCUCCAAUUACUUAUCUGGGAGGGGAAAAAACCCUCCCUGUUAAAAUGUUACAUAUCUUUUUCAGAGAUAAUAAAAGGAUAUAUAUAUUUUCUAUCUACAGGCUGUAUAGUUGCAGUCUGCCUAUUAUCAGUUAUUUUAAAACUCAUCUGUAAAGUUAUGAAGAACUUGUAAUUCAUAGAUGUAAAUUUAUAAAACAAAAUAUUGUUUACAAAUCUGAUGAGGUCUGUAUAUGAGAGCAAGACAUGACAUGACAUUUUUAAUUUCCACAGCUAGAGGAACAAAUUAAGAACCAGAAGCCAAGGCCAUAUUACUAUUGUUGCCACUGGAUCCUGAGAAAAAAUGCUUCUGUGAUUGGUCCUGCAAACCAGGGUCAUGGAUUUGCCUGCAGGAGGUACUUUGGUUUCCUCCAUGCAUUUUAAAUUCUGGACACAUGUUAAGUCACUGGAGGAUUAGCACCUGAUAUAAUAGGCUGGGAUGUACCCAUCCCAGAGAUGGUACAUUUCCUGUACCUGAUGAGUAGCUGCUGCCAAAAAUAGUAUUUAUAAAAAGCCCAGCCCUGGCUCAUUAGUAGUCUAAUGAAUAGCAAGUGUUGGAAUAUGGGUAGCAUGUAGCAAUACAUCAGAAAAAAAAUGUAAUAAUAUGUAGCAAAGGGCUCUGUAAGCACAGCCUUAAUGAUACAUACUUUAUUCACUUAUUUUAACAAUAACCAAAGGAAAGGAUCCAGGUGGGCCCCUUAGAAUAUUAAGCCUUAAUUCAGUCCUGUGUCACUAAGAAGAUUACUGUGGUUUGAAACUAAGCUCCAAUUUUGACAAACAGCUUUUCUCACUCUGAAUUAAUAAUCUGUUCAUCCUAGUUCUUUCUGGUCCCACCUACUCUUAUAUUCUACUAUGUGAUGCUGAGUUUUAGAUGAUCAGUACCCAGGGUUUUAUAGUACAGUGUGGGCACGACGCAACCAGAACAGCGUUGGCCAUAAAUAACAGGCAUAGAAAAAGCAGGGUGAACCAACUUAGUAUCAACCCUGCCUAUAAACUCAGAAGACUCUGAGAAACAACACCCUAUAUCUCUUCUCUCUAUAACAUUUACAUGAAACACUUAGUUGUACAUACAUGCACACAAUUCUAUAAAAAUAAAAUUAAAAAAAACUUUAUUUGAAAAUUUCAUAUAGGCAUUCAAAGUACCUUGGCUCGCUGAAACUUUCACAUCUCGUAUGGCUGGGGAGCAGCUGUAUCUUCCUUACUUUGAAACUGCCUUGACUGGAGAGAAACGGAGCCAGAGUUUACUUGGUUUUGAUGUCAGGCAAAUUAAGUUUCUUGUUUUUAAAUUCAGCAUGUAAACUGAUCCCAUUUUGGGAGGUAUUUUUUAAGUAUAAAUGGUCUGCUAUAUAUUCGGAAAAACUGAACAGUUAAGAUUUAAGCAUUUCAGUGUGUUUAAAUUUUACCUAAAAAAAAUUAUAACGAUCAGUAGGGGAGGUGAUGAAUACAUGCAUCAAUGAAACAAGAAUGGAAGAAAGCUGGUAAUUGUUGAAGGUGGGUGGUGGAGGUUUAUUAUUCUGUUUACUUUGUAUACAUUAAAAUUUUUCCAUGAUAAAGUCUGCUAUAUCAAGUCGGGAUUUUCCCCCUAAAUUUUUCUUAGUAGAUCUAAUUUUUUUAACCUUUCUUCACUUUGGUUAUUCUAAAUUAUUUUCAUCCUUCUUAAAAUGCAUAUUCUAAACCUAUAACCUUCAGGUUCCAAUCAAUCCAGAGGAUUGGCUGAAGUGUAUUCUGUAGAUCCUGAUGAUGAUCCUGACAUCACACUAAGUACAUGUGCUUUUGAACCUUUCAUUUAUAUGAUUGUUAAAGAUAAUAAAUGUGCCUCUUUUGGAAAAAGUUAA